CCCUCACCUUCCACCUGCACGAGAAUUUCACGACAUGGCUAGGACAGGAGCGUGCCACCACUUUGCGACCUUCUUACUCUUUGCGGCAUGUAUAUUGUUGUUAAUAACGUCAAUAUCUGCACCGGUCGUAAACAAUAUUGCGUUGAUGAAAGUCAACCUUUCCAACUCGUCCACCAUCUCCUUUGGGACGUUCGGCUACUGUAUCCUCAAUUCGGGAUCAGACGAUGUUUGCACAGGCAGCCACGUUGGCUACUCGCCAGCGGACGUCAUGUCCACAGCUGACGGAACGGGCUUCAACACCGCUGCUGCAGACAGUGCUAAUGCUCUCACGAAUGUCAUGAUCCUCCACCCUAUCGCCUGUGGCCUCGCCUUCAUCGCCUUCCUCCUCGCUCUUGGCGCAGGAGUCAUCGGCUCAGUCUUCGCGAGCAUCUUUGCCUUCAUCGCAUGGGUUGUCACUCUCGUGGUCAUGGCCAUCGACUUUGCUCUGUUCGGAAUCAUUAAAGACCACGUUAACGACGACGGUUCAGGCAGCCACGCCUUCUACAGUGUCGCAAUGUGGACCUGUCUCGCCGCCAUGGUCGCCCUCUUCCUCGGCAUGUUCUUGGUCCUCUUCACAUGCUGCAGCGCGCGGAGAAAUCGUCGCAUGUCCAAGACCGCGGAUCCCGUUUACGGUAACGGGGCCGGCGCUACGACCACCCGUCGUCGUUUCUGGCAGAGGAGGACACGCUACUAAACGGAUCGACUUGGCUCUUGUUCUGCAUGAGCGAGUUGUUUUUCGGGGGUAGAGCGUGUGGGAGUGGUGAAAUUUUUCUGGGUUCUUUUCGCUGGGUGUGAUGGGAGUUGAGAUGGUGUUCAAAAAAUACUCACUUCCAUUCGAACGCUACGGACUUUUCAUGAUAUUUUAAUGACUCGGAUGCCCUUGACUGUUUUCUUCGUGUAGCUUACCUACCUCUAUGCACCCUGCUCCGGACUCGACUUUCUUCGCCUUCGCCAUCGUUUGUUUAUUAUCGCGCUCAGUGCUCAGUACUCAGUGCUCCCCCGCCCUCCUCAUCCACCCCUUUUUGCUGUGUUAUCCUACUACCAGCACCCCUUUAUACCAGGAUACUGUCGUCUCCGAUUGUAUACUUACCAGUACCUUAUGGGUUGCCUUUCCGGGUACGACUGUAUGAUAUGUAAUGAUUGCUUGACCGUUUCUUGCCAG